CAAAAAUGACGCUUGGAGGGGUUUGGAGUGGAAGACUCGGGACUCCAACUCAAAGUUGUGCUUCAACUGUGAAAUUUGCGGGAAAGGUGGAAAAAAGGGGAUUUGGUUUGGAUCUGGAUGAAUAGAAAAGGGCAUGUGCCGACGACGUCCAGCCUCCCUUCAGGUUUUUCUGAUUAGUUAAUGAGAGCUCGUCAUCAACACGCACGCACAUCUUGAGAAUCUAUAAGGGCCCGCAGAUGGCGAAGGUGAAACCGGUUGAAAAAAGCCACCUUCGAGCGCGGCAGAGGUUGGGAUCAAAAUGGUGAGCAGUGACAUCCGCCUGGAGGCUCUGUCGGUGCUGUGCAACACUCCGAUUACCUCGCGGCAGGCUCGGGCGUCUGGGCGCGGCCCCAGCCUGGCCUCGGCUCUGCCCAUGUCAGUGAAGGGCUUCGUGUCCGCAGCCAUGGGUCGCAGUGGCGCGGGUGACGAGGGCCUGGUGAUCGACGAGGACGAGUUUUUCGACAGCCAGUACGACUUUGAUUUCAGCAACCUGAAGGACACGCGCACCUACUACCGAGGAGGCGAAGUCUACCGCAGGCCGUGUGGAUGGCUGCGCUUUGCUCUCAAGGUCUGGGAUAAAUACCCAGACGGGAACGUGUGGCUGGGCGAGCGCGGCCACGGGACCACCACCUGCUCCAAACCCGGAGAAUGGCCCGUGUCCUACCAUGGCACCACCAAGAACGGAGCAAGGGCCAUCAUCGUCACCAAUUACCAGUGGCGCGGUGACGCGAGAGUUGAGCGGCAAAGGCAAGCGAGAGACGGCGAAAGAGCGCGGGAAACUCCCCCUGUUCCCGGCCAGGGGGACGAGAGAGGAAGAGGGUCCCGCCUCCAAAAUGUCCAUCAACCGAAGCGGGGGAUCUGGGGGUCCCCGUUUUUAGGCGUGAGAAGCCACCCCACCCCGCCCUGUUCUCCACUUUUGGAUCUACGGAGGGGGUGGGCGGGCGUGGGUCUCCCCCAUGGUCCCUCUGGCCGGCCGCUCGCCGCCGAAUCGAUUGAGCGCGCCAAGAUGGCGGUCGGCGGGUGCUACUUCCUGCCUUUCUUGAUGAUCAAGAGCUGCUGGCUGCAGGGGUCCGCCGGCCCGUCCGCCACCGCGGACCCGCAGCAGGAGUACGCCCACUCCAUCCGCCUGGACGGGGACAUCAUCCUGGGCGGCCUGUUCCCGGUGCACGCCCGGGGCGAGCGGGGACUGCCUUGCGGCGAGCUGAAGAAGGAGAAGGGCAUCCACCGCCUGGAGGCCAUGUUGUUCGCCAUCGACCUGGUCAACAAAGACCCCCAGCUGCUCCCCAACGUCACGCUGGGGGCGCGGGUCCUGGACACUUGCUCGCGAGACACCCACGCCCUGGAGCAGUCGCUCACCUUCGUGCAGGCGCUCAUCGAAAGGGACGCGGGCGACGUGCGCUGCGCCAACGGACAGACGCCCGUCUUCGCCAAGCCCGACAAGGUGGCGGGCGUCAUCGGGGCGGCGGCCAGUUCCGUCUCGGUCAUGGUGGCCAACAUCCUUCGGCUCUUCAAGAUCCCUCAGAUCAGCUACGCCUCGACGGCCCCGGAGCUGAGUGACAACACUCGCUACGACUUCUUCUCCCGCGUGGUUCCUCCGGACUCGUAUCAGGCUCAGGCGAUGCUGGACAUCGUCACGGCGAUGGGCUGGAACUACGUCUCCACGCUGGCCUCCGAAGGGAACUACGGAGAGAGCGGCGUCGAAGCCUUCAUGCAGAUCUCCAGAGAGUCGGGUGGCGUGUGCAUCGCCCAGUCCCUGAAGAUCCCCCGCGAGCCCAAAGAGGGCGCCUUUGACAAGCUGCUCCUGCGUCUGCUGGAAACGCCCAACGCCCGCGCCGUCGUCACCUUCGCCAACGAGGACGACAUCCGGCGGCUCCUGGACGCCGUCAAGCGCAACAACCUGACGGGUCACUUCCUGUGGGUGGGCUCCGACAGCUGGGGUACCAAAAUCUCCCCCGUGCUGCAUCAGGAGCCGGUGGCCCAGGGGGCCGUCACCAUCCUGCCCAAGCGGGCGUCCGUCCACGCGUUCGAUCGCUACUUCAAGAGUCGCUCGCUGGCCAACAACCGCCGCAACGUUUGGUUUGCCGAAUUCUGGGAGGAAAACUUCGGAUGCAAGCUGGGGACGCACGGCAAGAAAACGGGAGCGGCCAGAAAGUGUACAGGCCUGGAGAAGGUGGGCCGCGACUCUGCGUACGAGCAGGAGGGCAAAGUGCAGUUUGUGAUGGACGCCGUGUACGCCAUGGCGCACGCCCUGGACCGCCUUCACCGCCAGCUUUGUGCCGGCUACGCCGGCGUGUGCCCGCGUAUGGCCAACGUCGACGGCAGGGAGCUGCUGGCUCACGUCCGUGCCGUCAACUUCAAUGGAAGCGCCGGGACGCCGGUGACUUUCAACGAGAACGGCGACGCCCCCGGCCGCUACGAUAUUUUCCAGUACCAGAUCCACGAGCACUCCGGUCCCGAGUACAAGGUCAUCGGGGAGUGGACCAAUCGGCUCAGCCUCAACAUGUCGGCGCUGAAGUUCGCCUCUUCGGACAGCAUCGGCGCCCCCCCGCCCGCUUCGCGGUGCAGCGUGCCGUGCGGGCCGGGCGAGCGCAAGAAGGUGGUGAAGGGCGUGCCGUGCUGCUGGCACUGCGAGCGCUGCGAGGGCUACCGCUUCCUGGCCGGCCAGUUCUCCUGCCAGCCGUGCCCGUACGAACAGAGGCCCGACCGCAACGGCAGCGGCUGCCAACCCAUCCCGCUCGCCCGGCUGGAGUGGCGCUCGCCCUGGGCGCUGGUGCCCGUCCUCGUGGCCGUGAUGGGAAUCUCCGCCACCGCCUUCGUGUUGGCCACCUUCGUCCGCUACAACGACACGCCCAUCGUGCGGGCGUCCGGGCGGGAGAUGAGCUACGUGCUUCUGACGGGCAUCUUCCUCUGCUACGCGGCCACCUUCCCGAUGGUGGCGCCGCCCGGCGUCGCCGUCUGCUCCCUGCGCCGCGUCUUCCUGGGUCUCGGCAUGUGCUUCAGCUACGCGGCCCUGCUGACCAAAACCAACCGCAUCCACCGCAUCUUCGCCCGGGGGAAGACGGCGGUGGCGGCGCCCCGCUUCAUCUCGCCCGCCUCGCAGCUGCUCGUCACCGCCUCGCUGGUGGGCGUGCAGCUGGUGGGCGUGUCGGCGUGGUUUGCCGCCCUUCCGCCCCGCGCCCUGGUGGACUACGGCGAGCGGCGGACGCCCGACCCCCGCCGCGCGCGGGGGGUGCUCAAGUGCGACAUCUCGGACCUGGCGCUCAUCUGCUCGCUUGCUUACGGCAUGGUGUUGAUGGUCACGUGCACCGUCUACGCCGUCAAGACGCGAGGCGUGCCCGAGACCUUCAACGAGGCCAAGCCUAUCGGCUUCACCAUGUACACCACCUGCAUCAUCUGGCUCGCCUUCAUCCCCAUCUUCUUCGGCACGGCGCGGUCGGCCGAGCGGACGUACAUCCAGACGGCCACGCUGACCGUGUCGCUCAGCCUGAGCGCCUCGGUGUCGCUGGGGAUGCUCUACGUGCCCAAGGUCUACGUCAUCAUCUUCCACCCGGAGCGCAAUGUCCCCAAGCGCAAACGCAGCUUCAAGGCCGUCGUCACCGCCGCCACCGCGACCGGCAAACUCUCGCAGUUGGCGGCAGGGCGGCCCAACGGCCAAGCGAAGACUGAGCUGUGCGCGGGUGUGCAGGCCGUCGUUCUACCGACAAACGCCAACUUUGUCAGCGACGCCAACCACAACAUCUGAACCCAAGCCAAAUGGGACUUGAGGGACCGCCUCCAGAGUCCGGUUCAGUUCAGUCCAGAAACGCUGCGAGUAACUGACUAGAAUUGAAG